GGCAACACUUUAAGGAAGAUACUCCUACAUCGCUACUUUAAAGGAGAAUAUGGAAGUGGUAUGAAUGGGCCUCUGUCUGCCAGCUACAGCAAAACUGCACAAGUGGGAGGUGGAUUUUCAGGACAAGACUCAGAUAAGUCUGGUGUAACCAUGUUUGAUAUUCAGUGCCUACUGGAUAAAGAAGGUGCAUCAGAACUAGUCAUAGAUGUUAUAGUAAACACCAAAAAUGACAGAAUUUUCUCAGAAGGCAUUUUGCUUGGUAUUGCAUUGCUUGAAGGUGGAAAUACGCAAACACAGUAUUCAACUUACCAGCAACUGAAGGAGCAAAAAAAGUCGGAAAAAUUCUUUAAAGUCCUGUAUGACCGCAUGAAAGCUGCUCAGCAGGAGAUACGAUCAACAGUGACAGUGAACACUAUUGAUUUGGGGAGCAAAAAGAAAGAGGAUGAUAGUGACCUAACCAUAUCUGUUCCAAAAAAGAGAGUAAAGGAUUCAACCCUGCAUCUGAAAGAGGGUAUGAAAGGACAGUUAACAGAAGCAUCUUCUGCAACAUCCAAGGCUUACUCUGUGUAUAGAAGAGAAAUGGACCCAGAAAUAGAUCUUAUGAGCUCAGGAACAGAUGCUGCAAAUGCAGAAGAGAAGUCCACAGAAGAAGCAAUCAUGAGCCCUGCCAUUGCAAUCAUGCAGCCAAUAUUGAGGUUUCUUCAGCUACUGUGCGAGAACCACAACCGAGAGCUCCAGAAUUUUUUAAGACAUCAGAACAAUAAAACAAACUACAACCUUGUUUGUGAGACCCUUCAGUUUUUGGACUGUAUCUGUGGAAGCACGACAGGCGGACUAGGCUUACUGGGACUUUACAUCAAUGAGAGGAAUGUGGCUCUUGUGAACCAGACACUGGAAAGCUUGACUGAAUAUUGCCAAGGUCCAUGCCAUGAAAAUCAGACUUGCAUAGCCACCCAUGAAUCUAAUGGGAUAGAUAUUAUAAUUGCACUCAUCUUGAAUGACAUAAACCCUCUUGGCAAAUACUGCAUGGACUUGGUGCUUCAGCUAAAGAACAAUGCCUCCAAGCUUUUGCUGGCGAUUAUGGAAAGCAGGCACGACAGUGAGAAUGCGGAAAGAAUCCUUUUCAACAUGAGACCAAGAGAACUGGUGGAUGUGAUGAAGAAUGCAUAUAACCAAGGCCUCGAAUGUGACCACGAGGAGGAGAAUGGAGAUGAUGGCAUCUCCCCGAAAGAUGUUGGCCAUAAUAUCUAUAUUUUGGCACAUCAGUUGGCUCGUCACAAUAAAACAUUGCAACAGAUGCUGAAGCCAGGGUCAGAUCCAGAUGAAGGAGAUGAAGCCUUGAGGUAUUACGCCAAUCAUACGGCACAGAUAGAGAUUGUUCGCCACGAUAGAACAAUGGAACAAAUAGUCUUCCCUGUCCCCAAUAUUUGUGAAUUCCUCACUCGGGAAUCCAAAAGUCGGGUGUUCAAUACAACAGAGAGAGAUGAACAAGGGAGCAAAGUCAAUGACUUUUUCCAACAGACAGAGGAUCUGUACAACGAGAUGAAAUGGCAAAAGAAAAUUAGGAAUAAUCCACCCCUGUUUUGGUUCUCCAGACACAUCUCUCUCUGGGGGAGCAUUUCCUUCAACCUUGCUGUAUUCAUCAAUUUAGCAGUUGCUCUCUUCUACCCGUUUGGAGAUGAUGGAGAUGAAG